AUGUAAUAAAGGUGUCCCUCUGGUACUUCAUGGGCCAGGUAGUCACUUUGCAUUUCUUGUUGGGUUCCCUACUUUGUGGCCCAACUCUUCAGACAUGAAGCAGUUAUUUGUGCUGCUGUCAGCAUGGCUGGCCAUGGUGUCCUGUUGUCCAGAUGGGAACUUUUCCUGCUCAUCUGGAGAAUGUCUACCUGCUAAAAUCGUUUGUGAUUUUCAGAAGAAUUGCAAAGAUGGAUCAGAUGAGGAGUUUUGUGGCUCCUGUGAUUUUGAGGACCACUCCUGUGGUUGGAAGGACAUCAGUGCUACAGCCUACAAAUGGAGCUGGAAGAUGGCAAACGUCACCUCCAUACCUGGACAAGACCACACCACAGGAAGCCCCUGGGGGCAUGUCAUGUACUUAAAUGGUAAAGAAGGGAACUUCUUUGACCAUGCUUAUUUGGAGUUCUCUGUGAACCGCUCUCUCGGUCUAGGUUGCCAGAUCAGCUUUUGGUACCACAUUUAUGACCCCAAGCCUUUGUCAAUAUCAUUGUCAACACUUGAAAUAAAAAUGGUUCGAGGUAAUUCAGCAAGAUCCUUGCUGGAGAUUUCUAAGGGGGAGACAAAAGGUUGGGAGAACGCCACGGCAUUUAUCGGAAAUCAGCCCGGUGGCUACAAGUUGCUGUUUUCAUACAGUACUGCAAUUCUGGAGACCAAAGACGUGAUGUUGGAUGAUGUCAGCUUUGAGUUCUGUGGAGAGGAAGACAUCCCAGACGGGUCAGACCGACUCUCGUGCGAUUUUGAAAAGGACACCUGUUCAUGGUAUCACGACUACACAGCAAGUCUUUUAUGGAAAAGAAGCAGCGGGUAUUAUGGUGAUGUAACGGGCAAUGGCUACUUCAUGCUCAUACAAGCUUCAUACUCCCUGAACAUAUCAUCAACAGCCCGACUCAUCAGCUUCCCUCAACCUGUAGGUCAAACCAUAUGUGUGAGCUUCUUUUACUACAUAUUUGGAAACAGUAUUGGCACAUUGAAGUUUAUUGAAAAGCGUUCCGGUGAAGCAGAAACUGUCGUAUGGAUGCGAAGUGGCACUCAGGGAAACAAAUGGAGGUUUGCAGACCUCACCUUCAACAGUGACAAACCAAUCCAGUUCAUCAUAGAAGCUGAGGUGGGGGGUAAGCAGGGUAGCAUAGCCAUCGAUGACCUUGUGGUGUUGACUGGUUCCUGCCCCCCUGAGAGAGAGUGCACCUUCCAGGGCUCUCUCUGUGGCUUGCAGCCCCAAGCAUCUUCAGACUUUACUUGGAACCGAAUCACUGGGGCCUCCCAACCAGCCAACUCUUCAGGCCCCUCCAGGGACCACACUCUGGGGACAGAAUAUGGUUAUUAUCUGAGUGCAGAACUGUGGAGACAUUCUGCUGGGUCCAAAGGAGCCAUGAUGACAGCAGUGAUGGAGCCCACUCCUUCCAAUGGGGAGUGUCUGAUGUUCUGGUACUACAUGGAGGGGGGAGGAGUGGGGGAACUCAGUGUUUACAUUCAAACAGCUGAAACCCCCAUCAAGCUGUGGACCAGAAAAGGAGAUCAGGGGACACACUGGAGGCAUGGAAGAGUAACACUUAACAGCCCUGGUACCAAAUAUCAGGUGAUUCUUGAAGCCAUAGCUGGAGAUGGACCAAGGAGAGACAUUGCCAUUGAUGACCUCACAGUUCUGAAUGGCGCCUGUCCUCCUGCAGGCUUUUGUGAUUUUGAGAUGGACUUCUGUGGUUGGGUCAACAGUCCUCCACCAGAGUCUGGAGUAGACUGGGACUGGCUCUCAGGUGAAAGUGAGGGUCAGAUGGUUCCACGGAGGGACCACACUACCGAUUCUUCUUUAGGCCACUUUGCAUUUUUCAAGCCCUUUGAGUCCAACAGGGAAGGAGUUGCCAGACUGGAGAGUGAGUUCAUGGAGGCUGUAGAUCAGGCUUGUCUUAGGAUCUGGCACCAUGCUAAAGGAUGGUCUAUAAAUAGACCUUCUGCUUUUACACUGACGGUGUUUGUGAACGAGACCGGUAAACUGCAGCCAGUGUUUAAUACGAGCGGUUACACUAAUAGCUCCUGGAUCCAGGACAGUGUGGAUUACAAAGCUUCAGGUCAACAUCAGAUUAUUUUACAAGUUCUGCGUCCAGCCAAAGGAGACGGAAGUUUCUCGCUGGAUGAUAUCCACAUCAUGAGAGGUGAAUCUUGUGAUGACAACAUCCUCACCACGACCACUACAAUCCCUCCCACCACCACCACAGCUCCUGACACCACCAUGGACUGCACCUUUGAAGAAGGUUUGUGCAGCUGGACCCAUGAGAGUGAUGAUACCAGCUGGACUCUGAGUAAUGGACUUCAGGCGAAAGGGCUGUGGAAUGGGCCUCUUUAUGAUCAUACUGUCGGUAACAAUCAAGGUUUCUUCCUACUGCUGAAUGGUUCUGGCUCCAAGGAGGACGAGAAAACUGUCAUUUCUGUUCCUGUUGUUGAUCGUGGAUCAAAAAGUUGUGUUGAAUUCUGGUAUUACAGUCUCGGACCUUCAGUUUCCACCCUGAAUCUGCUCAUUCAGACCAAAUUUUCUGAGCUGUUAGUCUGGACUCGUCAGGGGACCCAGAACUCCGAGUGGAUGAAUGCAAAAGUAAACAUAAACAUAAGCGACGCAUUUAAGAUAAUGAUCACCGGAUAUAAAAACAUCCACAGCAGAGGAUUUAUGGCUGUUGAUGACAUCACUGUGAGAGAAGGAGUCUGCAGUGAUCAGAGUGUGUGUGGAUUUGAUUCAAGUUCGUGUGGCUUUGAGAAUAGCGUUGAUCACAGGGGGCGCUGGGAACGCCGAAGAGCAACUAAAUCUCGUGUGGAUCACACCUAUGGGACUGAAAAUGGUUUCUUUAUGGCUGUGAUGAAUUCAAGCUCUACACAGGAGGAAGUAGCUGAGCUGUUCUCACCAGAGUUCAAGUCAGCUGCAGAGAUGUGUGCACGCUUCUGGUACCGAUUGCCUGUCAAUUCCUCCAACGCCCUUUCUGUUCAUGUGAUGAGAGCCGGGUUGCUUGGCGACGCCCUUUGGCAGCGAUCUAGAUUACCCACUAGUGGCUGGGAGGUGUCAGAAGUCACCGUGUCUUCACCUGCACAUUUCUUUGUGGUAUUUCGUGCUGUCCAUGUGCCCGGCACCAGUGACACAGUAGAAAUUGAUGAUUUUUCAGUGAGCGAAGGUGCCUGUAAUCCUCCUGCUACCUGUGACUUUGAGUCUGGACAUUGCAACUGGGUCAACAGCAUGAAUGAAGAUGGACAUGACUGGGUUCUGGUCCAUGGAGGACCAAAUGGUCCACCAGCAGACCAUACCACUCAGACAUCAGAUGGUUGGUUUUUAUUGAGUUCAGCUCAACACCAGAGCCAACCCAGUGUAGCUCAGGUUGUGUCUGAAUGGAUCCACCUGAGAGACGCCUCAUCUUGUCUCACCUUUUGGUACCACAUGCACAACAGUGACUCGGGGACACUAAAAGUGUUUUCACGUACAGACUCCUCAGAAGAGGCUCUGGUUUUCCACAGUAGCAACAGCAGCAACAACUGGAGCAGAUUUUCUCAGUCUCUGGAGAUCUCCAAACCUUUCCAACUUUUGAUCAAAGCAGAGUCUAACAACCAAGGAUUUAUCGCCAUCGAUGAUGUCAGUCUCAUACCAGGACCGUGUCGAGCUAACGAAACUUCUAUAGGAUUUGUUGGCUGUUCGUUUGAAAAUGGGACAUGUGACUGGGAAGAUGUGAGUGUUGGUCAGUUUCAGUGGGUGAGAAGGAAUGCUACUGGGAACACUGGACCCCCUAUGGACAACACACUAGGAACUGAAUUGGGUUGGUUUGUAGCAGUGGAGGCUGAUCGAGGGGAAGAAAUGAGCCCCGCUGCUCUGCAGAGUCCCAUGAUGCAACAAGCCAGUUCCACCUGCACAUUGCACUUUUACUACAACAUGAAUGGAGAGGAAUCAGAACUCAGAGUGCUCCUAAAGGUUGGCCCCAGAACCACCACACUCUUGUGGCUAUCUGGUAACCAUGGAGAUGCGUGGCAUCAUAGUGAGGUUAUGGUCGGCAGGAGCCCUCAGGAUUUUACCAUCCUGUUUGAAGCCUCUAGGAACUUCAACGAGCCAGAAUAUGUUGCACUUGACGAUAUCAUCUUCACAAACUGCUCUCUCCCAGCUCCUGAGUCAUGGUGUCCUGACAGUAUGUUCAAAUGCAACAACAGAGUGUGUGUUGACCCUAAUCAGGUGUGUGACUUCAGUGAUGACUGCGGAGAUGGAUCUGAUGAGCUCAGCUGUGAAAAACAAGGUGUGAUGGAGCGCUGCAGCUUUGAACAAGGUUUCUGUUCCUGGGCGAAUAGUGAUCUGAACCCACCUGGAGCUGAUUGGAGGCUUCUUCGAGGACAGGAGGCCUUGUCCAAUCACGGACCUCGUAGAGAUCACACCAGGAACUCUGAUGCAGGUCACUAUGUUACACCUGGACUUCACCUGACUGUGAGGAAACAAACAUCUGAGAUUAUCUCCAAAACAUUACUGCCAAGCAUAAACUGCACAGUGAGAUUCUUUUACUUCAGCAUGGAUGACGCUGCGGCCACACUGACAGCCCAAUCAAUGACCCAGAUGUCUGGAAUCAACAACAAAGUGCUGUGGGUCAGGAGGACUUCCCAGAGCUUCAGCUGGCAGAGGGCAAAGGUCACUUUCUCCACCUCAGCCAGCAGCAAGAUUGUUUUCAGGUACGAGCUUGGAGAAGCUCCCAGAGGGCUGGUUGCUUUGGAUGACGUCUCUUUCUCUAGGGAAUGCGUUUUUGAUCCAGAAAACAGCGAGCUGCCCGACACUACCCCCACCUCAGCCCCACCCACCCCCUCUAGCACACCCACCGCUACUAUCAACCCCUGUCAGGAAAGUGAGUUCUUUUGCCACCACUCCGCUGGGAACGUGUGUGUUCCUGCAAAGUCACGGUGCGAUUAUCAUCCAGACUGUCCACGGGAGGAAGACGAGGCCGGCUGUGGUCCGUGCACAUUUGAGAGUGAUCAGUGUCAGUGGACGGACGCCAGUGAUGGACAGAGCAGAUGGUACAGACAGAAAGCCAGCAACACCACGGACCCUCCCACAGAUCACACCACAGAAACUGGUUUCUACAUGAGAGUAAAUCUCAGUUUGGGGUCCGCACAAAAGGAGGCCAAACUCCUCAGCCCCCCGCUUCCCCCUUCGUCCCCCUACUGCCAGAUUCUGUUUCACUUCCACAUAGAUGCACAGAGUACUGGGUCACUCAGAGUGCUUAUGCAGCAAGCUGAGGGCGGUGAAGCAAUCCUGUGGUCAUGCAGUCACAACACUGUCUCCCACUGGGCCUCGGAGCAUCUGCCUGUAGGCCGGCACCAGCAGCCUUACAAGCUUUGGUUCAGCAGCAUUAUUAAAGCAACACAGGAAGUUAAUGUAGGUCGAGACCACGUAGUUGCUGUGGAUGACGUCUCCUUUCUUAACUGUGAACAAUCCUAUCAGCCGCCGGAUCUGUCAUUCUUCAGCUGCACAUUUGAAGAUGGCCUCUGUGCUUGGGUCCAGGGAGCAGAAGAAGAGCUGGACUGGCUCAGUGGAUCAGGCCCAACAGAAACAUCCAACACUGGGCCUGCAGGAGAUCACACUACAGGCAAAGGGAAGUAUCUUUACAUUGAGAGCUCCCAUCCAGCCAUGAAGGAGAACAUAGCCCAUUUGAAGUCACCACUGCUGCCACCUGCUGGUGAUGAGGGAUACUGCUUCACAUUCUGGUACCACAUGUUUGGAGCAACUGUGGGUUCCUUAAGGAUGCUUCUAAAAUCAGCUGAAACGUUUGAGAAAACAUUGGUGUGGCAAAAAUCUGGGGAUCAGGGGGAUGAGUGGCUGCUGGCUCAGAGCCAUGUGACCCUGAAGAAUGUCCAUCAAGUGGUUCUGGAGGCGACAGUGGGAGGAGAGACAGGGGACAUAGCCAUAGAUGAUGUAGCCUUCGUGCAUGGACCGUGUCAUGCCUCUGACCUGUGUGACUUUGAGGAUGGCAGCUGUAACUGGCAGCAGGUACCAAGUGAUGAUUUUGACUGGGUCAGACAGUCGGGCUACAGCACAGGACCAAAGACUGACCACACCACCAGCACAGCCGCGGGUCAUUAUUACUACCUGCCAUCCUCCACCAGUGAUCAAAAUGGACAAACAGCUUCCAUGUUUUCACCUCUAUAUCCUGCAAGUAAAGGAUCUUGUGUGAUGCUGUGGUACUACAUGAAUGGGGAGGAAGUGGGCACGCUGAAUGUUUACCAACAGAGUGAAGAUGGAAAAAAUGUUCUGAUUUUCUCCCAGUUAGGAGAUCAAGGCCGACUAUGGAGGUUUGCUCAGGCGUCCCUCCUGCCUCGGGUUCAGCCGUACAAAAUUGUGGUGGAGGGUGUGAAAGCUGGUCCAGCAUUUGAGGGAGGCAUGGCCUUUGAUGAUGUGCAGCUUACAGACGCUCAGUGUCCUCCACAUGGUUUCUGUGACUUUGAGAGCUCUCUCUGCAGCUGGAGCAACCUGGGAGGAGUAGACCAGGGGGACUGGCUACAUGGAACAGGAGACUCCUCGAACCCCAACACCGGCCCCACUUUUGACCACACCACCAACUCCACACAUGGUCACUAUGUUUAUGUGGACAGCUCAGUGGGCGAGUGGGGAGACAUGUCCUUUCUGAUCAGUGAUGUGUUUCAGCCAUCCUCAAGAGGGCACUGUCUCACAUUCUGGUACCACAUGUACGGUGGCCACAUCGGGACACUCAGAGUGUACAUAAAUGACAGGAAAAUCCAUGCUGGAGGCAAUGAGGAAGGACUUCUGAAAUGGAUUGAAACAGGAAACAAAGGAGACCAGUGGCUGCAGGCCCGUGUACCUAUUAAACACAAAGAUGCAUUCUGGUUUGUGUUUGCGUAUCAGAGGGGGAUGAGUACAGGUGGAGACGUCGCUCUGGAUGACAUCACAAUCACCUCUGAUGCUUGCUACCCUCCUUCUCCCAUCCUUCCAUCUGAUAACAGCAGCUUGUCUGUGGCUCUUGCGGUUAGUCUGACUCUGCUGGCUGGAGUCAUCAUCUCCAUCCUUCUCUUUAUGCUGAACCGGAAGUGUAAAACAAUAAACCAGCCGUCAUGGAUGGACAAUGAGGGGAUGGACCUACCUUCUGGGCUAGACACGUUUAACUGCACAACAAAUGGCACAGAGCAUGAUUCUGACUUCUCCUUCUACAACAAACUUUAUGAUCCAUCCACACAACCAGAAAACACAGCCGAAGCCUCAUCGGAUGCUUAGACUUGUUUUAAUAUUAGGGUUUAUUAAUUUUAUUUACUGUAAAAAUAUUAAGAUGUUUCUCUUGAGACUCAACAAGAACAUUUUGACAGCUCUGCUAGUUUUUUUUUUACUGAAUAAAUGUCAGUUUUAUAAAGUGGAAUGUUGUCUGAAUAUAAUUUUUAUGUUGUUUAUUUGUGUAUUUAUUUUACUGAGUAAAUAAUUAGAACUUUUUUUUUUAAAUGACAUCUUAGUGGCAUGUUUCUGACUUGGAUGAUAUGGAUAAGACUCAGACUUCAAAGCCAGGGACGAAAUUUUGAUUUCAGAAGUGGGGGGGACACAGCAGGCUUGUGCGGAUUUUGGGUGGGGGGUGUUAUGUAAAGACCCCUUGACACGUCACGUGCCCAUCUCAAUAAUUUUUCCAUCCUCAAUAUAUAUAUAUAUAUAUAUAUAUAUAUAUAUAUAUAUAUA